AUGGACGGCGUCCUGGCGGACUUCGAGGCCGGCCUCCUGCGGGGCUUCCGCCGCCGCUUCCCCGGGGAGCCGCACGUGCCGCUGGACGAGCGCCGCGGCUUCCUGGCCUGCGAGCAGUACCGAGCCCUGCGGCCCGACCUGGCGGACAAAGUGGCCAGUGUGUAUGAAGCCCCAGGCUUUUUCCUAGACUUGGAGCCCAUCCCUGGAGCCUUGGAAGCCAUGCGGCAGAUGAACGACAUCCAGGACACCGAGGUCUUUAUCUGCACCAGCCCUCUGAGGAAGUAUGACUACUGUGUGGGCGAGAAGUACCGCUGGGUGGAGAAACACCUGGGGCCCCAGUUUGUGGAGCGCAUUAUCCUGACGAGUGACAAGACGGUGAUCUUGGGGGACCUGCUCAUUGAUGACAAGGACACCAUUCGAGGCCAAGAGGAGACCCCAAGCUGGGAGCACAUCUUGUUCACCUGCUGCCACAACCAGCACCUGGCCCUGCCCCCGACAAGGAGACGGCUGCUCUCCUGGAGUGACAACUGGAGGGAGAUCAUAGACAGCAAGCGGGGAGCUGUGCAGUGGGACCAAACGGGCCUGGGGCUGCUGCAGGAACAAGUCGAGGGACCACAGCACUGGACAGUAGCUGAAGGAAGGGCAGGCAAGCCAGCAGGGAAGCCCAACAGAGCCAAGUGACAGGGCAGCGUCAUGGUGGUGCCCCCAGCACCGUGGAGCAGGGACACACGGGAACCUCUGUGCUCUCACAGGCCAGCCAUCUACAACCUCCUGAGAUGGCUGGCAUGGAAACAUGGUGGGAAUAUAAGUUAGGAACCUUUUUAAUAAAACACUUUGGCUCGCU